AUGAAUGUAUUUAUAACGGGUGGAACUGGUAAUCUUGGAGAAGAAAUUUCAUAUGGUUUAAGAAGACUUGGUUAUAGUGUACGAGCACUUGUUCGUCAAAUUCAAGCAUCUUCGAGUCAACGUUUGUUACAGCAAGAAAUUGAAUUAUGUCAAGGUAAUCUUUUAGAACCAGAAACAUAUCAACAUUUAAUUAUAGAUGCGGAUAUUAUCGUUCACUGUGCGGCGGAUUAUACAAAUUAUAGCCAAGUGGAUAACAUAGCUGUUGACACAUUUUUAGCUGUAUGUAAAUCAUAUCCGUAUAAAAAACGUCGUCUAUUGUACACAUCUGGUAUCAUGUGUUAUGCUGAACAAACUCCUACAACAAAACUAUUAACAGAAGAAGAUAGAACAUUAACGGAUGGUUGGGUUAUUCGAGAUCGAGUUCGAAACGAACAAAAAGUGUUAGAAAAUCCAUUUAUUUACGGAUGUGUUAUUCGUCCAGCAUGGGUCUAUGGUAAAACAAGUCGACAUUUCAUUCAAUAUUUUCUAAAAACACUCGAAAAUCCUUCUACUAUCCUUGUCACUCAUCCUCAAAUAAGUUGGUCAGAAAUCCAUAUUGAUGAUUUAGUUCGAUUUUAUCAACUCGUUUGCGAAAGUGAUCCCGAUUUAAUUCGAUCUCAAAUAUUUAACGUUAGUGAUCAUAGUCAAUAUACAAAUAUGGAAAUAGCUCGUGUUUAUACUCAGGCAAUGAACUGGCAUGGUGAAUUAAUUGAAGAUCAUGAAGAGAAGGAGCAAAGCGAGCAGUGGAAAUUUUGUAAUAGAACAAUUUUGGUUGAUUCAAGUAAAGCAACAAAAAUAUUGGGUUUUAAAUGUAAACAUAAAUUAAUGUUAGACGAUGUUAAAAUAUUAAAACAGACGUGUUUGGCAAGACAUCAAAUACUUUAA